AUGACCUUGGAUGCAGCGUCGUUACCCUCUCCGCCGAAUUUUGCGCUGUGGAAGAAUCCCGAUCGGCCGCACUCCUUGGGUGGCAUGCAAUCGGGCGUGGAGCGAAAUGGCAGAUCAGGUUCACAUCAAAACGGCAACCAUGCCUCCUCCCGAAUACCACGAUUUCCCAACAUUAAGGAUCUCCAAGAUGAAGCAGCCUCUCUGGAUGUGAACGAAUCGACUCCGUUGAGUGACUUGGUCGGACGGGCACAGGAGGCGAUCGAGCUAGCUAGAGAGUACGCUGAUACCGAAGAAUUGGACAAAGCUUAUGUGCAAUACCUGCGUGCAUCUGAGAUUACUAUCAACAUCAUACCGCACCACCCUGACUACCGCGUUACCGUCAGCCAGAGCCCGGCAUGGUACAAGCAAUUUGCGAGUCUUAUGAUGGCCGUGCGGACGAAGCAAGGGACGAUGGACGAUAUCAAACAACAGAUUUUGGAGGAUAAUUUGGCUAGCAAUAUCCAACCGGUGGGACCAUCCCGCUUCACUACAUCAGGAUAUCAGGGAACCCCCGCGGCAACGUCUGAGGGUGCAGAUUCUAGAGGCCGUCAGAAUGAGGCAGGCGAGAGUUCAGUACGGAUGCCGAGUCCUUCGGAAUUCCAAAGAGCGCCUGAUACGCGACCGAAGCCGAACAGGUAUUCGGCCCCUGCGGAGGACCUACUUGCCCAACGCCUCGCUAAACUAAGGGCAUCACCAUAUCCUGUCAAUGGUCAAAAUCAUCCGAAUAAUGGACAAAAUGGUGCAACUACAACGUCUUCGCCGCCUAAAUACCUUAACGACUAUCCUCCUCGUCCGUCCUCUUACAUACAGCAAGGUUCACAACCCAACUCAAACUUGAGCUCACCCUCUAGGCGCCCUCUUGGGCCCCGUAACAUGGGGAUGAGUCACGACGUACCGAAUCCACCUCCAAAGAUACCACUUAAUACCUCUCUUCCUCGGGCCCCAGAUCCAGCUUACAGUCCGAUAUGGACAGUACCUUCCCAACUUCCAUCAAAUCCGCCGAGAACAUCUACUGAGAGCUCCCGCCCUGUCAAUCCGCGUUACUCACAGUUAGCCAACUCUCCCCGUGGCAGUCCCAGUCGUGGUGGUCUUGAUGACAAUCCCUAUCGGUCUACGACGCCAAAUGGUGUUCACCAGAUCAGAGAAGCGAGGAGUAGCUCCGCAGAUCUACCGCAUAGCACUACUAUCACCGCUCAAGCUUUACUGGAGUACCUUCGCAAAUACAACGUUUUGUUGAUCGAUGUGCGACCUCGCGAAAAAUUCGACGGAGGUCAUAUUUAUGCGAAAUCAAUCAUCUGUAUUGAACCGGUGGCAUUGAAAGAGAACGUGUCUGCGGAGGAACUUGAAGAGCGGCUGGUGGUAUCACCUGAACAUGAACAGUCGCUGUUCGAGAGGCGCAACGAGUUUGACCUCGUUGUGUAUUAUGACCAGAAAACGGACUCGGUCAGCUACCUUGCGGGGUCGCCUGUUGGGACAACAGCUCCCCAUCUUCGAGCCUUGCACGAUACAUUGUAUGAAUUUAAUGCGUACAAGCCCUUAAAAGAUGCACGGCCACCUGCGUUACUAUUGGGUGGACUCGAUGCAUGGAUUGACCUUCUGGGACAACAGUCUUUGGCAACAUCGACAACUGCUGCUGUGAUGGGAUCUAUACAGGCCAAGAGGCCGGCGAUGAGACCGGGUCGACCUCUUGGGAGGGUACCGACCAUGGCGAGUGCCAAUUCCAGUCUUGAAGUCCGAAAACGAAGACUGCGCGAAUAUAAGCCUUUGAAUCCGGAAGAAUUGACCGCAUGGAUGGAGAGGUCGAAGAAUGAAGAGAUCGACACAAGCACCUAUAUCGAGGAGGAAGUGCUGACAGAGGAACCGGAAGAUGCGUCUGAGCAGCAAGAGCCUCCGGUUACGCCUUUUGUGCAUACGUACGAGGACUUCUUGCGACGCUUCCCGGAACCGCAUGCAAUUCAGGAAUCGAUGGUUGUACCUCACUCUCAGCCAUUGAUACCUUCCUCAACACCCAAUUACGCUGCUCCUGUACCCGUUGCGCCAUCACGACCUCCUCCCGCCGUACCCCGACCGAGCUAUAGUGGCGUCUCAGAUGGUCGGCAAAUUCAGGCACCCCUGGAACGGCAGAAUUCGGCGACCAAAACAGCUUUGUAUACUCCCAGUUCGAUGCUGAGUCGCCUCAAACUUCCACGGACUGGUUUGACCAACUUCGGCGUGACUUGCUACAUGAACUCGACCAUUCAAUGUCUCAGCGCGACCGUAAUGCUUAGCAAGUUUUUCAUUGACAACCGAUUCCGGUUCUACGUUCAAAAGAAUUGGAAAGGAUCACAAGGCGUCAUGCCUGGGCUAUUUGCGAAUCUGAUUAGGUCGCUGUGGAAGAACGAUGUGGAGGUGAUCAUGCCGACAUCAUUUCGCAAUUUUUGCGGCCGCUUGAAUCAAGAGUGGGCCAUCGAUCGGCAACAGGAUGCCAAGGAGUUUUUUGACUUUGUGGUGGACUGUUUGCAUGAGGACCUCAACAUCAACUGGCAGAGGACUCCCCUCCGGCCGCUCACAUUCGAGGAAGAAAUGCAGCGGGAGCGGAUGCCUGUGCCCAAGGUCUCCAAGAUUGAGUGGGAUCGCUACUGUCACCGGGAAGAAUCCUUCAUCUCCUCACUGUUUGCUGGCCAGCACGCCAGUCGACUUCGAUGUACGACCUGCAAGCGGACAUCAACAACGUAUGAGGCUUUCUACAGUAUCAGUGUUGAAAUUCCACCCACCGGCACAGGCGAUAUCUAUCAAUGCCUGCGUAGUUACUGCCAGGAGGAACUGCUGAGUGGGGAUGAAGUGUGGAAGUGUCCUUAUUGCAAAUGUGAGAGAGUGGCAACAAAGCAGAUCAUCAUCACCCGGGCGCCUCAGAUUCUGGUCAUCCACUUCAAGAGAUUUUCUGCGUCGAAAACACAAAGCGCGCGCAAGAUUCAUACACCCAUUGAUUUUCCUUUGCAUGGACUUCGGAUGGAUGAUUUCGUCAUCUCCGCGCACCCUGGAUCUGCCAAUGAUGCCAGGGCAGCAGACAUGACCUCUGCGACCACAGGGCCUUUCACGUAUGAUGCGUAUGGGGUGUUACGCCAUAUUGGAUCGACCAUGGGGAGCGGACAUUAUAUAUCGCUGGUGCGGGAUGCGCAGCGUCAAUGCUGGCGCAAGUUUGACGAUGACCGGGCGAUCGACUUUAACCCACGCGAUCUGCGCUUCAAGGACCGGCUGCAGAACGAACAAGCAUAUAUUGUAUUCUACGAGCGAGUUCCGGCGAAGUGA